CUUUUAGCGUCGUCGCGUACCUUCCGCGAAUAGGGCUGAGAGCUUAUCGAUUACAGCACUCAUGACGUAGCCAAUCAUCACGCGUUCCCAGCUCGCCUCCCAUGCUCUUGAGCUUUUUACAGUGCUUUAAGAAGACUUGUCAUGUGUGGCAGAUAUGCGUUGGCCUUGCGGCCAUCAGAGGUGCGCCAACAGCUUGAGCAGUCGCAAAUGCCUGUUGAAGAGGCCCCGAACGACGACGAUGUACGCCAGUCAUACAACUUUGCGCCUGGAUACCACGGGCUUGUAUAUCGAGCCGAGGUAGGCGAUCGUAGUGUCCAGCAAGAUCAAAACAAUGAAGACGCCAUGCCACCUAAAGAAGAAUGCGCGAAAGACACCAAAUACAAGUUGCAGUCAAUGCAAUGGGGUCUUGUCCCAUUCUGGACGAAGCGAAAUCCCGACUAUGGCUCCAAAAUGAAGACAAUCAACUGCCGGGAUGACUCGCUUUUCGAAGACCGCGGCAUGUGGACGACUAUGAAGAAGCAGAAGCGAUGCAUCAUAGUCGCACAAGGCUUUUAUGAGUGGCUCAAGAAGAACAACGGCAAAGAGAAGAUACCACACUUCACCAAGCGCAAAGAUGGACAGCUCAUGUGCUUCGCUGGGCUUUGGGAUCGUGUUCAAUUUGAAGAUAGCGAACAGCCACUGUACACCUACAGCAUCAUCACAACCGAUUCAAACAAGCAGCUAAACUUCCUACACGACCGCAUGCCAGUCAUUCUCGACAAUGGCUCCGAUGCCGUACGGAUAUGGCUUGAUCCCAAUCGUACUGAGUGGAACCAGGACUUGCAAGCCUUAUUGAAGCCAUACGAUAGCGAGCUAGAAUGUUUUCCUGUCAGCAAGGAUGUGGGCAAAGUAGGGAACAACUCGCCAUCAUUCAUAAUACCCGUCGAUAGUGCUCAAAACAAGAGUAACAUCGCAAAUUUCUUCGGUAACCAACGAAAGCUCGCCAAGAAAACCGAUACAGCAGGCAUCGUCAAGACGGAGCAUGACCUCGGAACGUCCACGAUCCAGAGUGGGCAUGUCCAGAUCGAACACGACGCUGAUGAGACUCGUGACACGGUGAGCCAUCUGGAAGGUACCGAAGACAAUGCGCCACUGCCCGUUCCACUCACAUCCCCAUCACAAGGAGAUGAGGUCAAAUCAGGCAUCAAACGAGAAGCGGACAAUGCCAGUCCUGCUACGGAGGAUGAGCCACAUGCGAAGCGCAAUAAAACGGCCUCACCUCAAAGUCAUGCAUCCCCUGUGAAGACACCUGCAAAGAAACAAGGGACGCGCAGCGCCACAAGUAACGGUAGUGCAGCAAAGAUACGAGUGAAGAGCGAUGGAAAUGCGAGAAUCACGUCCUUCUUCAGCAAUAAGUGAGGCAGCCCGAAGUACGCGCGUAACAACCACAUCCUUGGGUCUGCCCAGCGCGUUGCUCUUUACGCGAUGAGGGAUAUUGUCGCCUACGAUACGCAUAAAUAUGCUCUCUGAUACGAACACCAGAGUCGUGCUCAUAUCGCAGAAUUCAAGGACAAUACGUUGACCUCUGCUGUUGACCUCGGUUUUCGGGAAAGAGCAGCAAUUCUUCGUGGUACCGGCUAUCGUUUGUGAGCUGUGGAACAUUGGAAUCGACAAAGUGGAUCACGACAUGUAGUUUGAUAUGAGUGUAUGUGUGGAAAAGCCGGGGAGGGACCUGGCAUGCCGCGGUUGAAGGGCGCUACUGGUAGCGCGACCCCACCAAAGAUGCGGAACUUCAGGAGGAAGACACGAGAACUCGACGUCAGCCCUGCGAAACACUUGCAGCUGUGCGUGCAGUGUGUCCGCUCCGGUCGGCCUGCAGCACUCAAACAUCUUCAA